CAGCUUACUCGUAGCUCGGUAGCAUAUUUUGCUGAUCUUAGCCAGAUUUCUUGCGAUUGUUGGCUUGUUCCGAUCGCCAAGAUGGUGGGAGCUGUGCAGGACUACGGCAGAGUUGGUGAGUUGAACGGCGGGUUGGAGACGAAUGGGUACGAGAGCAGGGUGGCCAUGGCGAAGCAGCAGCCGCGUCGUGAAGAGGAGAGCCAGUGGUUCGAGGAGGAGAUCGACGACGACCUCAAGCUCUGCUACGCUCUCAACAGUGUGCUUCAUCGAGGGGCAAGCAAGUACCAGGAGAUAGCUCUCAUCGACACAAAGCAUUUCGGCAAGGCUCUGAUAAUCGACGGCAAGAUGCAGAGCGCGGAGGUGGACGAGUUCAUCUACCACGAGUCGCUCAUCCACCCACCCCUUCUCUUCCACCCAAACCCGAAGACGGUGUUCAUCAUGGGCGGCGGCGAGGGCUCCGCGGCGAGGGAGGUGCUCCGCCACAACACCGUCCACAGGGUCGUCAUGUGCGACAUAGACCAGGAGGUGGUGGACUUCUGCCGGACCCACCUGAGCGCCGCCAACCGGGCCGCCUUCGCCAGCGACAAGCUCCGCCUCGUCAUCGACGACGCCAGGGCCGAGCUGGAGAGGAGCCGGGAGAGGUUCGACGUGAUCGUGGGCGACCUCGCGGACCCCGUGGAGGGCGGGCCCUGCUACCAGCUCUACACCAAGCCCUUCUACGAGCACGUCGUCAAGCCCAGGCUCAGCGACGGCCGCGGCGUCUUCGUCACGCAGGCCGGGCCGGCCGGCGUGCUGACGCACAGGGAGGUCUUCUCCUCCAUCUACAACACCCUCAGGCACGUCUUCAAGUAUGUGAAAGCAUACACUGCUCAUGUGCCAUCGUUCGCUGACACCUGGGGAUGGGUCAUGGCAUCGGAUCAUCCGUUCGUCCUGACGGCGCAACAAAUCGACGAGAGGAUCAGGGAGAGGGUGGACGGGGAGCUGGCGUACCUGAGCGGGGAGUCCCUCAUCUCCUCCACCACCCUCAACAAGAGCGUUUACCAGUCGCUGCUGAAGGAGACGCACGUGUACACGGAGGACGACGCGAGGUUCAUCCAUGGCCACGGGAGGGCACGCUGCGCCUGAAUGCCACAUGCUGAUCAGCCUUCGAUCGAUCGAUCUGAGAGCUUCAGAGGCUCCCUUUAUGUAGCGCUUCUAUGUACACGAACCGCAGACGAACGAUCGAUCGGUACUUGACGAGCCGACAGCAGAUGGUCAGAUGUUAAUAGCACGAAGCAGAGGAAACAAACGAGCCGUCGACGGUGUACCAAUGUAAAACCUGCGUCUGAAGAAGUUUAAUUUCCUACUGGAACGCUGCAAGGAGAUAAAAGGAAGAAAUAAAAGGCAAUAAAUCAAAUCGGUUGGAAGUGGAGAAGAUGAAAAAUUAUAGUGCAAAUUA